ACAUCUGGGAAAAGGCUUUUGACUUGACUGAGGUGUCUCAGGGACUGUGAUCCCUCUGCUGAGACUGGGGUGAGACUGGAACACAGUUUCCCGGGAAGCAAGGCUUUGAUGGUUUCUAGCAGUCCUGCUGAGGGUGGAGUGUGCUUGAAUUUAAAUAUUUCCUUGAAGGGCAGCUAGGCGUCUCUCUCCUCUUUCUCCUGCCUCCCCCACCCUGGCUCCACAACUGGCUUGUGGUAAUUCAAUCUAGAUUCUUCUCAUAGCCUACUUCACUGUGCAUAUGUGGCCUUUUAUUUACAGCUUUCGAGAGUUUGAUUGGAUAGCAGCUUACCCGCCCCGCACGACUCAGUCCACUGCCUUGGGGGAGGGGAAGCAGAAAACAUUCUGGCUUUGCUUCCUAGAGGCUAGAAGCCAAAAGGAGCAGCCAAAGGAAGAGCAAAGGGUCGACCACACUGAACAGUGGAGCAGCAUAGGGCCUUUUUUGUCCCAGCUAACUUGCUUCUGCAAAUAUACACUUGAGAGCUAUCCUCCAAGUAGAGCGGCCCACGCUAGACCUUUGAGCACUCACCCCUGGUUCACUGUCUCUGUCCUGGUGGUUUCCUGCUCCUUGCUGCUCUCCUGCACCAAGUGUUAGGAGGCUCUCUCUCUGUCUGUUUAUGCACUGCUGCAUCCUCCACCCCCUCCGUCUGAAGAACUCAACCUGUCAAGGUACCAAGCUCUCCUGAUGAAAUGUGUUCUGCCCCACUGGGCUCCAGGGGCAGUGUCUGGUGCUGUUGAUGCCCUUGUUCGAACUUUCCAGAAUGGAUAGUCCCCCAAAGCUGACUGGAGAGACCCUCAUCGUCCACCACAUCCCCCUGGUGCACUGCCAAGUCCCAGACAGGCAGUGCUGUGGAGGGGGAGGUGGAGGUAGCGGGAGCACAAGACCCAACCCCUUCUGCCCACCGGAGCUGGGCAUCACCCAGCCUGAUCAGGACCUCGGACAAGCCGACUCUCUGCUGUACAGCAGCCUGCAGUCUGCUCCGGGGGGCUCUACACGGUCUGCUGAUAGUGCCAAGAGCAGGGGUCGGGAUGGAAGAGGCCCCGGGGCCCCUAAACGACACAACCCCUUCUUGCUGCAGGCAGGCGUGGCCGAGCCAGGACUUGGUGACCUAUAUGAGGAUAGCAUCAGUGACAGUGCCACCCAGCAGUCCUUCCACCUGCACGGGGCUGGCCAGCCCACCUUCCAUCUCUCCUCUUUCCAGCUGCCACCGCCUGGCCCCAGAGUGGGCAGGCCAUGGGGGGCAGCGCGUAGUCGAGCCGGAGUGGUGGAAGGGCAAGAACAGGAGCCAGUGACCGUCUUGGAUGCCCCGCACGGCAGCACUGGCCGCUGCUGCCGGCCAGAGCCGGAAGCUGAGACCAUGGAGCUGGAUGAGUGUGGGGGGCCCGGUGGGAGUGGCAGUGGGGGUGGAGCCAGUGACACCUCUGGCUUCUCCUUCGACCAGGAAUGGAAGCUCAGUUCCGAUGAAUCCCCAAGGAACCCCAGAUGCUCAGGCUCAGGCACCCAGCACUGCCGCUGCAGUAGCACCUCCAGUCAGUCCGAGGCGGCUGACCAGUCCAUGGGCUAUGUGAGCGACUCCUCCUGCAACAGCUCAGACGGCGUGCUGGUCACCUUCAGCACCCUCUACAACAAAAUGCACGGCAACUCCCGUGCCAACCUCAACUCUGCCCUGCAGUCCUGCAGCGACUCUUCCUUCUACAGCCACUCGGACCCUGGCGCCUUCUACCUGGACCUGCAGCCCUCCCCAGCUGAGUCGAAGAUGUCUUGUGAGUCCCACCACCCUGACAGCGGAGGAAGGGAAGGUGGCUAUGGUUGUCCUCAUGCCUCAUCUCCUGAGCUUGAUGCCAACUGCAACUCCUACCGCCCACACUGUGAGCCCUGCCCAGCUGUGGCUGACCUCACAGCCUGCUUCCAGAGCCAGGCCCGUCUUGUUGUGGCCACACAGAAUUACUAUAAACUUGUCACCUGUGACCUGUCCUCCCAGUCCUCCCCAAGCCCAGCUGGCUCUUCUGUCACCAGCUGCUCAGAGGAACACACCAAGAUCAGUCCUGCCCCUGGCCCUGGCUCAGACCCUGGCCCCAGCCAGCCCUCUGAGUAUUACCUGUUCCAGAAGCCGGAAGUCCAGCCAGAGGAACAAGAAGCAGUGGGCUCUGAAGCGGAAGCAGAGGCUCCCAUGGGCCGCACUGUGAUUGAGGGGCAAGUGUACACCAACACUUCACCCCCCAACCUCAGCACUGGACGUCAGCGCUCUCGAAGCUACGACCGCAGCCUAGAGCGCAGCCCUCCUGUCCGCUUGGGCUCUCUGGAACGCAUGUUGAGUUGCCCAGUGCGCCUCAGUGAGGGCCCCACUGCCAUUACUGGGCCUGGUUCCCUACCUCGGCGGGUCACCUCCUUUGCCGAACUUGCCAAGGGCCGGAAGAAAGCUGCAGGCUCUGGCUCCCCUCCACUGCGAGCAAGCACUGGGGACUCUUCUCAGGGGUUCUCACUCAUCCAAGAAGCCCAGCAAGACAGGGUGGGCCCCCCAGAUGAGGGCACUCACUGUAGCCAUAGCCUCCCACCCAUGCCCUUGGGGCCAGGCAUGGACCUGGUUGGCCCAGAGUCCUGGUCUACCCAGGUCUGUCAGGGCCCCCAGUCCAGUGAGAUGCCACCCGCUGGCCUCAGAGCUGCUGGGCAGGGGCCCCUGGCCCAGCUGAUGGAUCCAGGGCCUGCUCUCCCAGGGAGCCCAGCCAACAGCCAUACCCAGAGGGACGCAAGAGCUAAAGCUGACGUGUUUGAUUCCUUCUCCAUCCCUGUUGCCGCAGGGGGUGGUGCUGAGAGCCGACCGGUCCUUCGCUACAGCAAGGAGCAGAGGCCAACCACGCUGCCCAUCCAGCCGUUCGUGUUCCAGCACCACUUCCCCAAGCAGCUGGCCAAGGCCCGGGCCCUGCACAGCCUUUCCCAGCUCUACAGCCUCUCGGGCUGCAACCGUGCACCGCAGCCUGCCCCCGCAGCUGCCCCCGCUGCUCAAGGCCCAGGCCCAGCUCCUUCAGGGGAGCCACAGGUGCCCACCCACAGGGGUGCCAGGAAAGCCAGGCCUGAGCCAGAGACCUUGCGGCCGUCGCCCCUGGGCAGCUACUCCCCCAUCCGGAGUACUGGCCCCUUUGGGCCCAGCACCGACUCUUCGGCCUCCACUUCGUGCUCCCCUCUCCCAGAGCAGGCCACAGCCACAGAAAGCCCACCUCCAUGGGGCCUUUCCUGUCCUCCUGCUGUCCGGCCUGCCGUCUCCCAGCAGCUGCAGAAGGAGGAUCCGAAGAUACUGACCUUGGCUGAGUACCGGCUCCAUGGGACAGGAAGUUUGCCUCCUCUGGGCUCCUGGAGAUCUAGCCUCAGCCGGGCAGAGAGCCUGGUCCGGGGAGGUGGCGAGGGCAGCAUGGCUUCCAGGCCCAGUAAUGCCAACCAUCUAUCCCCUCAAGCACUCAAGUGGCGAGAAUACAGGAGGAAGAACCCUCUAGGACCCCCUGGUUUGUCAGGGAGCCUAGACCGAAGGCCACAGGAUGCUCGGCUGGCCCGAAGGAACCCCAUCUUUGAGUUCCCCGGCUCCCUCGGUGCUGCUGGCCAUCUGAACUGCCGGCUGAAUGGUCAAGUAGUGAAACCGUUACCGCUAACCUGCCCUGACUUCCAAGACCCUUUCUCCUUGACUGAGAAGCCCCCCGCUGAAUUUUGCCUGUCCCCAGAUGGCAGCUCAGAGGCUGUAUCCAUUGAUGUGCUUCAGAAAAAAGGGCUGGUGAAAGCUGUCAACACUGCUGUGGACCUCAUUGUGGCCCAUUUUGGCACAAGCCGGGAUCCCGGAGUCAAGGCAAAGCUGGGGAACAGUUCUGUGAGCCCCAAUGUGGGCCACCUGGUUCUGAAGUACCUGUGCCCUGCGGUGCGGGCUUUGUUGGAGGACGGACUCAAGUCUUUUGUGCUGGACGUCAUCAUUGGGCAACGUAAGAACACACCGUGGAGUGUGGUGGAGGCCUCCACACAGCUAGGCCCAUCCACCAAGGUCUUGCAUGGCCUGUACAACAAAGUCAGCCAGUUCCCAGAGCUCACCAGUCACACCAUGCGCUUCAACGCCUUCAUCCUCGGCCUGCUCAACAUCCGGUCCCUGGAGUUCUGGUUUAAUCACCUCUAUAACCACGAAGAUAUCAUCCAGACCCACUACCAGCCGUGGGGCUUUCUGAAUGCAGCGCAUACAGUGUGCCCUGGCCUCUUUGAGGAGCUGCUGCUGCUGCUCCAACCCUUGGCCCUCCUGCCCUUCAGCCUAGACCUGCUGUUCCAACACCGGCUGCUGCAGAGCGGCCAGCAGCAGCGGCAGCACAAGGAAUUGCUGCGAGUGUCCCAAGACCUGCUAUUGUCCGCCCACUCGACCCUGCAGCUGGCCCGCUCCCGCGGCCAGGACGGCCCCGGAGAUGUGGACAGGGCGGCCCCUGGGGAGCGGGUGAAGGGUGUGGGUGCCCCAGAAGGUGGAGAAGAGGAGGAGGAAGAGGGGGAGACAGAGGCGGCCGGGAGCUCAGGGCGCGGCAGAUGGGCCCGAAGUGGGCAGGCUGGCUGGUGGUACCAGCUCAUGCAGAGCUCCCAGGUCUACAUCGACGGCUCCAGCGAGGGCUCUAGGUUCCCCCGAGGUAGCAGCACUGGUAGCAGCAGCGAGAAAAAGAAAGGCGCAGGAGGCGUGGGGCCACCCCCCCGAGAGGGAGUCGUGGAGGGAGCGGAGGCCUGCCCUGCCCCUGAGGAGACCCUCGGCCGGGAGAGGGGCUGGCCUUUCUGGAUGGGGAGCCCCCCUGAUUCUGUACUGGCGGAGCUGAGGCGGAGCCGGGAGAGGGAGGGGUCUGCUGCCCCCACAGCCGAAAAUGAGGAAGGAGCAUCUGAACCUUCACCAGGGGGCAUCAAGUGGGGACACCUCUUUGGGUCCCGGAAGGCUCAGCGGGAGGCCCGACCCACAAAUAGGCUGCCCUCGGACUGGCUCAGCCUGGACAAGUCUGUGUUCCAGCUCGUGGCGCAAACAGUGGGUGCCCGCCGGGAGCCAGAGCCCAAGGACUGUCUGCAGGAGCCACCCUCUCCAGGCCUGCCUUCCAAGCCUCCAUGUGAGGUGAAGGCGCUGUGCCACCAUCUGGCCACAGGCCCUGGACAGCUGAGCUUCCGCAAGGGAGACACCCUGCGGGUGCUGGGGCCAGCCGGGGCGGACUGGCUGCGCUGCAGCCGCGGCUCAGACACCGGCCUGGUGCCCCUGGCCUACGUGACUCUGACCCCAACUCCAAGUCCAAGCCCUGGAAGCAGCCAGAACUGAGGCCCUGUGCAUGCUGGUGGCCUCAGGGACCCUCACAGCCCCCAGGCUCAUCGCCUAAGAGUGCUUCCCAAGCCGUCUGGCCUGGUUACAGAGAGUAGACCGAGAGCUGGGGGCCACAUAUCCCUGUGCUCAGUAUUAAUUACUCCCCAUUACCUGUCCCAGUGACCUCGUCAGGCCUUCCCCCAGGAGAGGAGGGAAGGGAUGCAGCACUGGGCUGCCAGAGUCUCCCCAGCCAAUCUGGCCAGUCCUCCCAUGGGUGCAGACAGGUACUUCCCUGUGGAGGGAGGUGACCAGAAGGCCCACUUGCAGGGUUCCCUCAGCCAGGUGGUGAGGAGGUUGUGUGACAGUAUUGGGGCCAGUUCCCUAAGCCCCCAGCUGUAAAUAGGCUGUGGCCAGUGCCUGGCGGUCAAGGAGGGAGGAGGAGCCCAGGCUUCUGUUUAUGUAUUUAUUUAUUUAUUUAUUACACCUAUUAAUAAAAAAGGUGCUCGGCCUCCAAA